AUGGGAUGCUCAUUACUUGGUGAUACUUCCUUAUGGCUAAUCUUUCAUUAUUUUUUUUUCAAGAAAUCUAGAACUGUGGAACUGGAUGGAAAGACCAUUAAGCUCCAGAUUUGGGACACUGCUGGUCAAGAGAGAUUCAGGACUAUAACAAGCAGCUAUUACAGAGGUGCACAUGGAAUAAUUAUUGUUUAUGAUGUCACUGAGAUGGAGAGCUUUAACAACGUCAAGCAAUGGCUGAAUGAGAUUGAUAGAUAUGCUAAUGAUAGUGUAUGCAAGCUUUUAGUAGGAAAUAAGUGUGAUUUAGUUGAGAACAAGGUGGUUGACACACAGACGGCAAAGGCAUUUGCGCACGAGCUCGGAAUCCCUUUUCUAGAGACGAGUGCCAAAGACUCGAUCAAUGUAGAGCAAGCUUUCUUAACUAUGGCUGCUGAAAUAAAGAAAAAAAUGGGGAGCCAGCCAACUUCGUCCAAGUCAUCAGGGAAUGUGCAGAUUAAGGGGCAGCCAAUUGAGCAAAAGAGCAGUUGUUGCAGUUGAGCACUUUCUCACGCCUAAUUAUAUAAUGGUAAAAUCCAAGUUAACAAUUUUCUAAGAUGAAAUUGUUCUUUACUUUGUGUUGGGUCAAGGGUCUCUAUGUAAUUGUGAAUUAUUCUCUGUUUGAAUCCUUGUGUGUAUAAAUGCUUUGUGACAGUCACCUUUGGAUACUCUCUCUUCCCUUCCUAAUCAUCACUAUAUACUAAAGUUUGGAGAGAAUUAUAUCCGUGUAGAUUGGAGUAAAGAAAAUCAUUCUGACA